AUUGCACUGGGCGGGCGCUCCUGCUGUUCCAGGACCGGGAGGGAUGGCGCUGUUCAUCGAUGCAUACACAUUCAAACUGGAAAUGUGAGGCUCACGUCUCCAGGCAGCUGGGGGAUAUGGCGACCCGGAGCCUGGUUUAUUCCUCGUCUUCCUCCUCCUGCCGCACUCUCUGAAACACCUGAAGUGUCUCUGCCUCCCCUCCGCUCGCCGGCUGGGAGCAGACCCUCUCCUCCCCGUCGGUCUCGUAUUUCCCACCUCUCCGACAACCCAGGAGCGUCUCCUAGUCCUGGGGGUGGGGAGGGGUGGGAGAGGAUAGAGGGAAGAAGGAGGGAAAAAAAGCCCGAGGAAAGGAUCGCAGUCGCCGAGGCAGGCAGCUUUUCCUCUGACUAUGGCAGAUGUAGAGCUGACACAUCAUUCACCUCCCAGUCCUGGAGCCAGGUUGGGAGGACAAGAGAACACUGGGAUUAGCACCCUGGAACCUGGUCAGAAACCACCCAGCUCUCCCUCGGGCAAACUUAUCCCCAUGAAAGUCCUUCUGCUGGAUGACACACAGGAAGUGUAUGAGAUUCCGCUAAAGGCUCCUGGGAAGUAUCUGCUGGAUUUGGUUUGCCAAAACCUGAACCUAGUCGAGAGUGAUUAUUUUGCAUUGGAGUUUCUGGACCAUCGAAAAAUUAUGGUGUGGCUUGACCUUUUGAAACCAAUUGUGAAGCAAGUCAAAAGGCCACGGCAUGUUGUGAUGAGAUUUGUUGUGAAGUUCUUCCCUCCUGACCAUGCUCAGCUGCAAGAGGAACUGACGAGGUACCUCUUUGCCUUGCAAAUCAAACAGGACCUGGCCUCGGGAAGGAUGACAUGUAAUGACACUAGUGCAGCUCUCCUGGUGUCUCAUAUUGUCCAGUCGGAAAUUGGGGAUUUUGAUGAAACGCUUAUCCAUGAGCACUUAGAGAAAAACAAGUACAUACCUCAACAAGAUGCCCUGGUGGAUAAGAUAGCGGAAUUUCAUCGCAGGCAUGUUGGGCACACGCCUGCUGCUUCUGACUAUCAGCUCCUUGAGAUCGCCAGAAGAUUAGAAAUGUAUGGGAUUCGGCAGCAUUGUGCAAAGGACAGAGAGGGCACAAAGAUCAACCUGUCUGUGUCCCAUGCUGGGAUCAUAGUUUUCCAGGGUAACAAUAAAAUCAACUCAUUCAAUUGGGCCAAGGUUCGCAAGCUGAGCUUUAAGAGGAAACGCUUUCUGAUUAAAUUUCGCCCAGAAAUGAACUCCUGCCAGGACACCUUGGAAUUUUCUAUGGCCAGUCGUGAUUCCUGCAAGGCUUUCUGGAAGAUUUGUGUUGAGUAUCAUGCCUUCUUCCGACUGUUGGAAGAACCCAAACCAAAACCCAAGCCCAUCCUAUUCAGUCGAGGGUCCUCUUUCAGAUUUAGUGGGAGAACUCAGAAGCAGCUCCUGGAUUAUGUUAAAGAAGGAGGGUACAAAAAGAUACAGUUUGAAAGGAAACAUAGUAAAAUGCGAUCCAUCCAAAGUUUGCCUGAACAUCCGUCACUGGUGCCAAAACAAAGCGGUAGUCUUUCUUUUGGGGAGCGGUCAGCAUCAACUGGAGCACCGUCUCCUAGCCCAAGGAAGGAUCUGGGAGUCUCCCAGACAACAGAUAAAGACAGGGUUGAGCAGAAGAGUGCAUCACCAUCCGGCAGCCCGAGGAGGGACAUACAAGAGGACACCAUGAGGGACAAUGUUCACCAACCGAAGACCCAACGGGAGCCACAGAAUGCAGGUUCCCUGGUGGGCAGUCCACAUGUGUCAGAACUCUCACUGAAUUCACAAAGUGCUCCCGGUGUUCCGAAUCUCUCGCUGUCUCCUCGCCUGAGCCCAGACGGCAAACAGCACUCACCACUGAUGACUCCACUCUUGACAGAUGCAGCAUGUGUCAAGACUGAUGAUGAAGAAGAAAUGAGGAGAAAGCGGUUCCCAGCAGACAAAGCCUAUUUUAUCGCCAAAGAAAUUUCCACUACAGAACGAACCUACCUUAAGGAUCUUGAAGUCAUCACGUUGUGUUUUCAAAGUGCUGUGGCCAAAGAUGAUGUAAUGCCAGAACCGUUGAAAACUUUGCUGUUCUCGAAUUUUAAUCCACUGUACAAGUUCCAUACUGGCUUUCUGAAGGAGAUUGAGCAAAGACUUGCACUUUGGGAAGGAAGAUCAAAUGCUCAUAUUAAAGGCGAUUACCAAAGGAUUGGAGAUGUGAUGCUAAAAAAUUUGCGGAGUAUGAAGCAAUUUUCAGUGCAUCUACAGAAGCAUGGUGAGAUUCUGAUGGAGCUGGAGAAAGCUAUCCGUAACUCCAGGAAGCUGGAAGCUGUGUGCUGGGACUUUGAGCAACAGAAAGUCUGCUACCUUCCCCUCAACAUAUUUUUCCUGAGGCCCCUCCACCGGCUGAUGCAUUACAAACAGAUCCUGGAGAGGCUGUGCAAACACUACCCACCUACUCACGUAGACUUCCGAGAUUCACGAGCUGCAUUAGCAGAAGUAGCAGAACUGGUAGCUCAACUCCAUGGCACCAUGAUCAAAAUGGAGAACUUUCAGAAGCUUGUUGAACUGAAGAGGGAUUUGAUUGGGAUUGAUAAUCUGGUUAUUCCUGGCAGGGAGUUCAUUAGACAAGGGUGUCUCAGCAAGUUAUCUGCAAAGGGAUUGCAACAGCGAAUGUUCUUUUUGUUCAAUGAUAUUCUCUUGUACACAAGUAGAGGACUAACUGCAUCCAAUCAGUUCAAAGUUCAUGGACAGAUUCCCCUGUACGGUAUGACUAUUGAGGAAAGUGAAGAUGAGUGGUCACUCCCUCAUUGCUUCACUCUCAAUGGACAACGCCAGUCUAUCGUCGUGGCAGCGAGUGCCCAGGUGGAGAUGGACAAAUGGAUUGAGGAUUUACAAAUGGCUGUGGAUCUUGCUCAGCAAUGCAAUGGGUCAACCAGUGAACUAAUGACUCCUAGUCCUAGUGAUGGACCCAACAAAUCGCCUGAUGAGACAUCUGUAGAGCAUGAAUCUGAAGAUGAUCUAAGUGCCUCAAGGACCUCUCUUGAGAGACAAUCACCCCAUCGCGGCAAUACCACAAUGCACGUUUGCUGGCACAGAAAUACUAGUGUUUCAAUGGUGGAUUAUAGCAUUGCUGUGGAGAAUCAGCUCUCUGGAAACCUGUUGAGGAAAUUCAAAAAUAGCAAUGGCUGGCAAAAGCUUUGGGUGGUUUUUACCAAUUUCUGCCUCUUUUUCUACAAAUCGCAUCAGGACAAUCAUCCACUAGCAAGUUUGCCACUGCUGGGCUAUUCCGUCACCAUUCCUGCGGAGUCUGACAAUAUCCACAAGGACUAUGUCUUCAAGUUACAGUUCAAGUCGCACGUAUAUUUCUUCAGGGCUGAAAGCGAAUAUACAUUUGAAAGAUGGAUGGAAGUGAUAAGGAGUGCUACCAGUUCAGCCACCCGUACUCGCCUUUUAAGCCGCAAGGAAUCUCAUGCUUAUUGAUUACAAGGGGAGGAAGCCCUUUUAAACCAGAUUCAGUCAUCACACAGCUUUUUGAGCGGAAUUCUUUCCAAAAAGCUUAUUGAAUAACUAAACCACCAUGCCAAUAUUGCAAUUCAAUCUAUUUUAGGAUUACAAAAAGAAAUCAAAACGUGCAUUUUUUUUUCUGCUGCCCCUGCCCAACAAACCUCACUUUAUUCCAAAAUGGGGCCAAAAAUAUGUUCUGCCCAGAGUUAACUGAGUUUAUGUAUCACCAAUAUUGUGUAAAGCUUAGACCUAAACAGGAGAAUUUGAAAAAAAUGCAUAUCUAAUUCAACCCUGGGAUUUCAGUUUUCUGAAAAUCUAAUGCAAGCAUAAACUAUAUUUGACAAACUAAUCACUGGUACUGUACACAUUUUAAAGGAUUCAACUGUAUUGUAGGUGUGGCACUAAUGUUUUGAAUUGAUUGUGAUAUACAAUUCUUUAGUCUAAGACAAUUUAGGUACUGAUUAAUAGAGACUUUGACAAUCAAUACUGUUGCUUUGGAAUAAGUUUAUCUUUGUCAUUGCUUUGAUUCAAAGAAUCUCUCAACUUUACAAAAACCCAAGGUGUUACAUACACAAUUGACUUGAAUUGCUCCAGACACUCCACUGAAGAUAAUUUUUCUGACAAUGUGAAAUUGUUGCCAUAUCUUCAGGUUCAGUUCCAAUCCGAAUCUUGCAAACAAAAAUUAAACCUAGCUAAAAGAAGCUGGGUAGCCAUUUGUAAAAUUCUACAAUUUUCACGUAUUAAAUUCCUAUUAUCACAAGUUGGACUUUUAAGAACAAAUUAUCUCAUUAUCAAAAAUAUACAUACAUUCAUGGUAGAGAUUACAACCGAGUAAUCUAAUGUACCUUGGAAUCCAGACUCCUAAAUAUCCCAUAGUCCUGUUAUUUAUACUCUAUCCAUUUGACCACGAGGGAUAACUGAUGAGACAUUCUGAAUCAUUCCAUCUAGUUUAAUGAUUUCAGUGCACUGGGAACAAUAGCUAACCCUUCAAUUGGGUAACAGCGUAUCAUUGAGUACUCUUGCCCCUUUGCCAGCACACAUUCAAAUACCCCAGCCAGAAAACAACUAUAGUGUGGAAAAGUGGAACAGGAUCCAAGUUGAAGCAAUCAUGCUCCAAGUACAGAGCCAUCUACUUGUUCACUUUUGGUCCAGGCCAGAAUUUGACUCGCCUCAACUCUCAUAUUUCAGAAGUAAAUUUCUUAGGUGAAAUAAAAUUAAACAUCUAACCUUGUGAAAGCCAGUACUGAAUGAUGAAUUUGACAUGUUGGAACUGUUUUUUUAAAUAAAUAUCCAGCAGGUACUUCUUUUGAAACAAAGACUCCAUCAGGUAGGACUGCACUAAGUGAAAUUAGCACAAAAGUGCAAAAUAAUUAAAGCAGCAGAUAAGGGAAUUGGAGACGGUUACAUCAAUACGUUUGUGCUAAGACCUCAAAGUGCAAUGCCACCAUUAAUGCCUACAACUGUUUCCUGUUUUAGCAUAUUAUUGAUAACCUUUUUUAAAAAUGGCCUGAACCAUUUCAAUAAACAUUAUAACUGACAA